UUCACAGACAUGUACUGCACAUAUGUUGUGUCCGAAUACCGAUUACGGCUCGCAUUCGCCAUAUAUUCCAUGCAAUUAUCUACCGAUUGAAUUCUUGGAGUGCGAAGAGCCGUACGAUCACAAGGGAAACGAAACGGCCAGACGUGAUAUGGGAUACGGAUGUAGUAAAUUUGGGGGUCAGAAGUACGAAGACAUGCAGUUUACUAAACGAAACUGUACUGUUUUGGAUGGCAUUCAAUGUUUGGGCGAUAAAAGCUUCUGGAAAGACGGCUUUCCUUGUGUUAAAUAUUCGGGUCAUUAUUUUGUGACAACAUUACUGUAUUCACUAUUACUGGGGUUUCUAGGGAUGGAUCGGUUCUGUUUGGGACACACGGGCACAGCUGUGGGCAAACUGUUAACAUUGGGAGGGGUAGGCAUUUGGUGGAUCGUCGACAUUGUACUCCUCGUCACCGGACAUCUCAUGCCCGAAGACGGCAGCAAUUGGAUGACUACUGCCUGAAAUGCUUUGUAUCACUAACUGUGUAUUUCUAACUAAUCCCGAGGGCUUUAUAUUGAAUAC